GCGAACAAGCUUAUUCCUGUUCAAGUUUCAUUCACACAAUCCCACGAUACUCAACGGAAGCGACACAAGCAGCAGAAAAAUGCUUCACUUCAAAAAUACGAUGAUCAUUUUAGUGCUGGUCCAAGUUGCGUUUGCCGAAAUACCCAUGCCAAGACCACCCGCAGCUGGCGCAGUGUCAGAGCUCUGCGCCCAGAAGCCUUCUAAACUGCAACCCAAAGGAGCGGACCUCACACAGCCGAUCGGAGACAUCCGAUGCGAUGAAGUGGUGGCCUAUAUGCGAGCUCUCAGUCGCUACUACGGACGUCGGUGUCACCGAAUGGGCAUCGAGUGUCGUGACAGGGACAUCUAUCCCUCAAAAUGGUUCGACAAGGUUAGUACCAUGAUCACCGGAAUGUGUCAAAAGGUGGAUGCCGCAAAGCCAGCCCAAAUACUGCAAACUACGGUCAAGUCAGGAGACGUUAAACGCGUAACCAAGAAGUGCAAAUCCAAGAAUAGUCUCUAGGUUUCUGAAAGCUGCUAAAUGCGACGUAAGGCCUGGCACGUGUUAGCUAUAAACGAAAGCUGUAGUUAUUAAUUGCAAUAAGUAGCGAUAAGCUAUCCAUUGGUUCGGUUCAAGCGAUUCCAAUAAAAAGAAGAAAUCGUGGAAGUUGGACGACUACAGUUACUGAAAUCACAAAAGUCCGUAAGUAUGGUAUUCCCUACACGAUCGCUGCUGUUUCUUCUAGUGAUAUGUCAGGGAAUGUUCAAAAUGGCUGAUGCUCAGAGCAAUUCCCAGAACAUGCCAUUCCCACCACCGGACCCUUCUGCCCUGAGAUCAAACACAACAAAUCAAGCUAAGGGCAUGGCAAUGGGGAAUGAACCCCCACCACCGUCCGCUAACUCAGGCCUCAUGGAUCCACUAUCUUCGUCCUUAGGCGGUGCGUCGAACGACUACGGAAUGGCCAUGCAAGCGGCCACUCCCAACGAUGUACGCACUCAACCGACACGCUACUGCUACGCCCACGGACCUUUGUUGCCAACCUCGUUGCUUCCGAAACCCAGAAAGGAAUCCUACGUCGACAUAGGGUCCGUGAGUUGCGAGGAAGUAGUCGGCUAUCUGAUGGGUCUGAACCGGUGGUACGACCGCAAAUGUUCGAACAUGGGACCGGAAUGCCCGGACAAGUAUCGAUUCGCGGCCAGUUGGUUCAUCUCGGCUGUAAACAAAAUUAAACAAUCGUGCAGUUUGACCCUUUAGGAACGGGGGUUGGCUAGGGGAAGUUUGCGAAGUGACAAUAAAGAACAAACGAAAUUGGCCCUUAAAAAGUGUGAUAUUGAUUUCGUGGGUUGUCAUAAAUUAGAUUUACACCAACCUUCUUUGUGUUGUUCCUUCAAAGCUACUUCUGAAUUUUUAAGUGGUUUCUCCAGAAUAUGUAUAUCAUUUUUUUCCGUUGUUCAUCCAAAAUAAAAGGGUAAAAUGUUUGUGUGCAUAAA